UUGGGCUUCCCCGUGACAGUCCCUUGCGCACUGGCGUUUCUUACUGUCACACAACGGGACUUCAAGCAGUAUUCAAAAAUGUUUGCCAAAGCCACUAGCAAGUUUGUGAAGCAGAUUGAUUCUGAUGGAGACCUCAUUCCUGUAUCUCGCCUGAAUGAUUCAGAUAAAAUUCAACCAGCAUCUCUCGUCAUCAAACAGAAGAGGUUUUGGUUUUGGCAGAAGCCAAGAUACAUUCCUUUAUCAUUUAGUCUAAAUGAGAUACUACAAGGAGAGCCUACAAUCAUUCCAGUUACAGCUGAAUCGGAUUUCCUUAAGUAUGAAGGCACAUUUGAAGGCACCGUUAGUGGAAAGAUAGGAACAGGGGUAGGAAGUAUGAACCUUAAGCUUGAGGGGAAAGGUUCUUCAAAACUACAGUCAUCUUUUGGGAAUUUGAAAAAACAAGAACUGGAUGUUCACCAUUUGCUUAACCACUCCAAGGGAAGGAUUCUAAAUAUGGCACAUUUCGCUGUCCGAAAAACCCAAGAAAAAAAAAAUGAAGUGUUUUGUGUUGUAAAGGAGAAGAUUUUUACAACUCAAAUGUGCUCCAUAACUGAACAAGUAAAAGCAACAAAGACAUUUGCAGGGAUUUUCGACUGGAAAGAAAAGAGGAUAGAGGUGUGUGUCAAUGAUGGUAGCAACAUUCUAAAAGACAGCAGUGUACAGCUUGAAAUACCACCCAGCACUGUCGUGGCUUACAGUGUAAUAGAACUUCAUAUAAUGGUGAACGGGGAGUAUGAGUUGUGUGUUCUGUCUGACAGCUGGGGGGGCUUUGAAACUGACAGUGGAAGCAGUGAAAGCACGGCCUGGCCUUCAGAUCAACUUAUGUUAGUAGAUACUUCAAGACAGCAGUGUCAGACAACUGCUUUUCAGCUCUCUUCGGCAGACGAGAAGAAGGUAACAAGUGAAGCUCCCCUAAGUGUUUUGAAACCAGAUUUGGAUGGAUUUAAACACCAUUUCCGACCAUUUGCAGAAAUGCCUGAAGAAAAAAGAUACAUAUUAUUCAAGCUUAUAAAUGAAGUUUUAUAUCAGAAAGAUGUAAUUACUGUUGUGGACAAUGUGCUGGACCAGCUUUCCACAGGGGAAACGCCAGAUCUGUCUGAGUUAGAAGGGUUGUACAGUUCUCAGAGAGAAAUCGCUACAGCCUUACUAAGAAGCCUAGGCUUACACUACAUGGACGGAAAGGAGAUGGAACCAACUGAAUGCCCAGAUAUCGUCAGGGCUUCGAAUAUGCUUAUUAGUGCACUGGAAGAAAUGACAGAAGAGGCCCUUGCUGAACUCGGAAACUGUUACGACAUCAUACCAUCAUUACACCAACUGAUGAGUCACAUCAUACACAAUGGCAAGGCCUCGCUGGAUGAGGAGUCCCUGUCAUGCCUUGCCAGCGAGAAGACAUUCCUCAAAGCUCAAAGCCUCUUCGCCUCAUCAAACAUCAAUCUACAAGCAGCCGACUCUACCAUAAAGGCAACAGCAGGACAGCAGCCAGGACAUCUUCCGUUCCUUCUGUGUUUAGUUCUCGAUGGCCUGGCUGUACUGAGUGCCAGGAGCUGAAGUCUCACGCAAACAUCUGAAAGACUCAAACAAGAACAAAUUCAUUCCACUUCACACAGCUCCUUGCUUAAAAACAGCAGGUCAAAUACCUAACUAGUGUGGCUUAAGCUCAGGGCACGUGAUAACAUUUUUUUUUUUUUUUUUUACAAAACACAGUAUUACUAAAAUUAAGAAAGGGAAUGAGUGACUGGAAAAUUAUUUUCUAAAUGUUUUUGAAAUGUUGCAAACAGCAUCUCUCAUCGCACAAUAUAGCUUGUUUUCUUUUUAAAUCUCAAUGGAGAUGCUGAAUAUCUUGAAAGUUGGUGCACUUCUACAAAUGAUUCUUUCUUAUAUCCCUUGAUAGUUCAUGUGAUUACUUACCAGUUAAAUCCAGCGCAGAUUCAUGGGAAACUGGAGCUCAGCGUCCUCAGUCAAAAACCAGACCAGGAAGGUCUUCACCAAGCAUCCCCUUAGAUAAAGCAAACCUAAGAAGGAAGUGCGACUUACUGUACCAACCAAACCUGGAAUUCAAUUUGAGACCCGAUUCUUAUCUCAGGUGUUAAAAAAUGGCUGAAAAUGACGCAGCUUAGUGAAGCAAAUGAAAUGCGUUAACCUCGAGUGUGACUCGGAAGUCUAUACAAUUACCGUUAAACCAGAGUCAGACUCUGGGUGACGUUUAACGAUCCGCUUUACAGUGCUAAGCACAAAUAACACUUGGGAUCAUAUUUUGCUGCCAUCUAGUGGGGGAAAUAACAUCAUGCUGUAAAAAAAAAACCAAAACAUGAACAUUUGUAUGCUUUCUGGCACUUUAUGAUAACACUAAAGUAACUUACUAAUAUUCAUGAAUCUGCUGGA